AUGUACACCAAAAUAAGCGACCACUCUCUCAACACAAUCGCAGCCAGUCCAGUAGUGGCGCUCAAAACUCAUCUGGACUCCCUCGCCAACGAAUCGAAGAAACCCCUGACCAAACAGGCGCCGCAUCAUAAGAAGUCAGAGUCUUCCUUUCCUUCCACAAGCAAUGGCGUCGUCUCGCGCUUCCGUCUGCGACAAAGUGGUGGUAGUGGUGGUGGCGGAAGCAAAAAGCGUCAACUGGAACGUCCACUUUCGCAAAUUAUUUGCCAACUAGACUCUGCUCUGCUUCUCAACAACUCACCCUCCUUUAGCGUGCAGCCAAGGUCAGAGGAGCGGCUUAGCGCUGUCGCACCUUCUUCUAACAGCCAUUCUACUGUUACAGAGGAGGAAAAUGAUCCGGAAUCUGAUGAUGUAAUGGGCAUCCCACGAGAUAUCGCUCAGUGCCUAGAUGAUAUGGAGAAUCCACCUGUCCCUCCUCUGAGGUAUGUUGCUUCUCUCCUUUGGCUUGUUUACAUGCAUUCUGUUAGCCUCUGUGCGUCUAAAUCAAGGCAUUAA